CCUCAAUCAACACACACACAGAUAUCAAAACACAGUGAUCAUUCUCUCCUUCUCCGUUGUCUCAGUUCGUAUCCAAUGGCGGAUAACAACGAUAACCGGAGAUCGAUAUGGGGAGUCCCGGAGAAGCUUCAGCUUCACAUAGCUAUGCUAACUUUGCAAUUCGGUUACGCCGGGUUCCACGUGGUGUCUCGAGCUGCUCUCAACAUGGGCAUCAGUAAACUCGUCUUCCCUGUUUAUCGUAACAUCAUCGCCUUGCUUCUUCUCCUUCCCUUCGCUUACUUCCUCGAAAAGAAGGAGAGACCAGCGAUUACUCUCAACUUUCUCAUCCAGUUCUUCUUUUUGGCACUCAUCGGAAUAACAGCGAACCAAGGGUUUUACUUGUUGGGACUCGAAAACACUUCACCAACAUUUGCGUCUUCCAUGCAAAACUCUGUUCCCGCCAUUACCUUUCUCAUGGCUGCUCUUCUCAGGAUUGAGAAAGUACGACUAAACAGAAGAGACGGUAUCUCCAAAGUCUUAGGAACAGCUCUCUGCGUCGCCGGAGCUUCCGUCAUCACUCUCUACAAUGGUCCAACCAUCUACACUCCCACCAGCCACCUCCACGCUCACUUACUCACCACAAACUCCGCUGCCUCCGCCGUAUUAGCGCCGUUAGGAGAUGCCGCGCCCAAGAACUGGACACUUGGCUGCCUCUACCUAAUCGGUCACUGUCUCUCGUGGUCCGGAUGGCUCGUGUUCCAAGCUCCGGUUCUUAAAUCUUACCCGGCGAGGCUCUCGGUUACGUCUUACACAUGUUUCUUCGGAAUCAUUCAAUUCUUGAUCAUUGCUGCUUUCAUGGAAAGAGACUCACAGGCUUGGGUUUUCCACUCCGGUUGGGAGCUUUUCACCAUCCUCUAUGCCGGAAUCGUAGCGUCUGGAAUCGCUUUUGCGGUUCAGAUUUGGUGUAUUGACAGAGGGGGUCCAGUCUUCGUUGCUGUUUACCAACCUGUUCAGACUCUUGUCGUUGCGAUCAUGGCUUCACUUGCGUUAGGCGAAGAGUUUUACUUGGGCGGGAUCAUAGGAGCGGUCUUGAUCAUAGCGGGGCUUUACUUCGUAUUGUACGGUAAGAGCGAAGAGAGGAAAUUUGCAGCGCUCGAGAAGGCGACGAUCCAGUCACCCGCGGAGCAUGGUAUCGAACGUGCACCUGUUUCUCGCAACUCCAUCAAGUCGUCCAUCACAACUCCACUACUCCAUCAGUCAACGGACAACGUUUGACUAAAUUGGACAGCUAAUAAUUACAAAUGCCAUCACCCAAUUAAAAAGGGAGCAAUGGUGUUGCUGUUGUGUUUUAUGACUUUUGCUGUGUCUGCUUUUUUUUUUUUUUUUUUAUUAUUAGUGUUUUCUCUUCUUCUUUUUUAAAUUAUUAAUUACCUAAGAAAGGUUUUUGAGAAAGGAAGAAAAAAGAAAAAAAAUGGUGGAUGAGACAUCAUUGUUCAUGAGGAUGAAGAUGAUGAUGAUGAUGGUGGUGAAGCAGACUAUGUGGGGAGCUUUGGAUUGGGACUUUUCUAUUUAUAAUAUCUGGUUGAUAUAUUAGUGCCAUUUUUCUUAUGAUUUCCUUUUCCUUACUUUCCGAUCAUGAUCAAUAGAAUGUUAUAAUUUGCAUUAAUGAUCUUUUUUACUAAA